CAGAGCCCAAUGAUCCACUGCCUCUUAAACACUAGGUGCACCUCUGAAAGAAAAGAGCAGUAUAGUGCAACUUUCCCACUCACUUCACUCAGAGCCACCUGAGUGAAGCAGGCUAGCCCAGGACUAGAGAACAAGAAGAACUAGAAGAGAAGUCCAUUAGAACACAGAAAGAGAAUUCAGGAACUCUAUUUUUGGUGGGUUAACUUGAUAACUAAGAGGACCUUUUUGUUCUGAAGGAAAUUUGUAUUUUCUAUUUAAGGAUUCUUUAUUUUUUUUACAAUAUUAUAUGGUUUAUUUGUUCUAUUACUUGUACUUUGAUUUUUCGAAUUAUUUUGGAGAGUCGAAACAAGCAAGUGAUGGAGUGCCACAGGAGAGGGUCUUUGCCCACUAAGGUGAUGGCACUGGCACUGGGACUAUUUUUUCUCACCUCAGCUGCAUUGGCGGAGGAAUACGACUACUACAGCUGGCAGUCAGACAACUUCCAGAACGGGCGUUUCUACACCAAGCAGCCACAGUGCGUGGACAUCCCAGCUGACCUGAGGCUCUGCCAUAACGUGGGCUACAAGAAGAUGCGGCUGCCCAACCUGCUGGACCACGAGUCCAUGCCCGAGGUGAAGCAGCAGGCUGGCAGCUGGGUGCCACUCCUGGCCAAGCGCUGUCACGCAGACACGCAGGUCUUCCUCUGCUCCCUCUUUGCCCCUGUCUGCCUCGACCGGCCAAUCCACCCCUGCCGUUCGCUCUGUGAGGCUGUGCGCGACAGCUGUGCCCCUGUCAUGGAAACCUAUGGCUUCCCCUGGCCUGAGAUGCUCCAGUGUCAUAAAUUCCCCAUCGACAAUGACCUGUGCAUCCCCAUGCAGUUCUCAGGGAACCAGGCCACCCAGACCCCAGCCUCCAAAGUUUGCCCUCCAUGUGACAACGAGCUGAAGGCUGACACCAUCAUGGAACAUUUCUGUGCCAGCGACUUCGCUCUGAAGAUGAAGAUCAAGGAGGUGAAGAAGGAGAAGGGAGACCGCAAGCUGAUCGCGGCUCAGAAGAAGAAGAAGGUGCUAAAGAUGGGGGUGCUGCGCAAGAAGGACCUAAAGAAGCUGGUGCUCUACAUCAAGAAUGGAGCCAACUGCCCCUGCCACCAACUGGACAACCUGAACAGCAACUUCCUCAUCAUGGGCCGCAAGGUGGACCAGCAGCUGCUGCUCAUGUCCAUCCACAAGUGGGAGAAGAAGAGCAAGGAGCUCAAAUUUGCUGUGAAGUACAUGAAGUCACAACAGUGCCCCACCUACCACACUGUCUUUCAGUGACCCACACACAGGCCAGCCAAGGAGAACAUGUUUUUCUAUAAAGAAACAAACUUUCAAAGCACAUCCUGACACUUGCUUGUUUCCCUUUAUCGAAUAAUAAUAAUUCUAUUAAUGUUAACAAUAUGUGAUAAUGAUCAUGGUAAUAUGAAUAAUUAUAUCACAAGGAAAUUGUCCUUUACAUUCUUUAUAGUAGUCACCCUGUUAUUCCAGAUUAAAAUAAAAACAGUGAGAGUGUGAGGGAGUGAGAGUGAGAGUGAAAAAGAGAACAAGAAAGACAGAGACAGGGAGAGAGAGACAGUGGGUGAGUAAACACCAGAACAAAAAGAAGAAAUACAUGAACGAGAAUAAAGGUAACAUAGAGUGAGAACGAAAGAGACUGCAUGAGCAACAAAACAUAAAUGUGUGCGUGUGUGUGUGCGUGUAUGUGUCUGUGUGUCUGUGUCAGACUGUGUGUUUUGGGGGUGGGGGACAGACCAAUCACAGUAAAGUGGGAUUUCUUAUGUGGAGAUCCCCAGUCCAGGGUUGAUGCUGAAGGACCAGAGCUUUUGUAGAUAAAAUAAAUAUAUCUUGUAAAAAUAAGAAUAGUAAUGAUAAUGAAAAUGAAUCGAAGGUUUUGAUGUUGUUGUGUACACUUAAACCCAUCCCCCAUUUAACUACAAGUGUCUCACAGCUUUUUAAUGAUAAAUUACAGUUAUGACUGUUGUGCAAAGCAGUGCUCAUUGACUGACUGUGGUGAGACUGAAUGCAGCAAGAGGGAGGACUUUUCUGCAUUGUAAGAGUGGAGGGAAGGGUUCCAUUGCUCUCCUGCCCUGAAUGCACAGAGACCUUCACUGGAAAGAAAGGACUCACUGCUCUCUGGGUUCUCACAUUGAAUUGGUUCCAAGGAUCUCUGAGUUGAUGUGCUUUACAAUGAUCUUCUUUUUUUUUUAAUAUCACUUAUGGUAUAAAUACUCUACAGUCAGCAUCUGCAUCCAAUACUGCUAUAAUAAUGGAAAAUUUAGCUUUUGAAAUGCUGUAAUGAUCAAUAAACCUGUAAGUAGAACUAUUACUGAAUUUAUUCAUGAAAAAAUUAAAAUAAAAUAAACUUGACAUUUUUAUACACAAAAAAAAAA